AUGGUGCUUUGGGGGAGGGGAAAUGCCUCAGUGACUGACUUUUCUUCCAGCACGGACUGGCAUGGCGUUACGACCCUGCUUCGCCAGACUGAUCUACCUACCCCAGGAAUCCCUAAUUUGCUCCAGAUGGGGAGAAAACUGGAGAUAAGUCCUGGACGUCACCACCGCAUGAAUAAGCAUCCCCACCGCGGUGGAUUUUUUGGCGAAAACGGCGGAUGCACAAUCGCAAACGAAGCCCAGUCCCCACCACCAUGUCGGAAGACGAUACUAACUCUGAACGCAGCCAGCUCCACACCAAAGAGGAGAAAGCAUCUGCGUCUUUCUUACCCUGAGGGUGCCAGUCCACUAGCUAAUGUCAAGCACAGGGCGGGGAGGGCUCGGUUCCGAGUGCCGCCCGUGCCGGUUUGCCGAUGGAACUUUGGCAACAACAAGGACGAUCCUGUGGGAAACUCUGUUUUGCGAUCCAGAACCUCUGCGCCCUUCUUUUUAGGUAUCCAUGCUGAUGCUGGCGGCCACUCCACCACCCAACGGCCCGUCUUCCGAGCGGAUGUUGGAGGUUCAGAUAUGAUAGACCUGACCCAUACCACACUUUUGAGGAAUGUGAGCAUCCGUCAGAAGCAUGCUACCGAGAAAGUCAUGGAUGGUGUCCUGUGUACUCUGUAUGUCUUGGUGGAGCUUAGGACCCAGACUAUUUUGGGAUUCAAUUUGCAAGUAUUUGAAUCCUGGCCCAAGACGAAAAACGGAGUCGUUGCACAGGCCAUGCAAGCGAUGGCUGGAGUGGCGACUAAAGAGCUACUUAACAAGGACAACUUAGCUACUCCUUCCCCUGCAGGCGAUAAGAGUAACAGCAAUAUAGCUCUUAUCGUAAUCCCUUUGUACGCGACUCCCAAAUCAUCUCUAUCUCGGCCAUAUCAUAGAGGAAGAGAGGCAAACCCUCGGAAUUGCGGAGAUAAGCCCGACCCACUCCUCGGAAAGAAAACCGAAAUGGCUGGUGAAUCUUCUCAUCGGCACACCAGUAGUUAUGAAUUGGGUGCUUACGGAUACCUGCAGCACGCAUCGUCCAAUAGAAGAAGGUGUACGGAGAACUCCUGGCUGUCUACUAGGAGUAUAUGGCAGUUGAGAUUGGCUCCUGAAACCCCUGACCGCGCCAUCCAAAUUUCCGAAGGUGUCACAAUGAAACGGAGUCGGACCAUUUUGCUUGCUUUUGCCCCGACGCCCGCACGUGGAGGGCACCUUCUGCUAAUGCAACUCGGAAUCAAGGGAUGCAUCAAAUUCGAACGAACCGUUUUAUGCUUUAGUGGCUGGUUGACAUAA